GAAGAUCAGAACAAUCUCCGUCAGUCUAGUACAACCAUUUCAAAACCAGAACUCAGAAGUAGAAAGUGAAUCAUUUUUUCCCCAAUACCCCAUACCCACUCCUCUGGUCCUCCACUCUUCCUUCCUCUUACAUCCGUGAAAAGAAGCGACGCAGCCGCGCAGCACAGUGAAUCGUGAUUCCUGAGCGAUUAGCGAUACCGAUUACCGACGGUGGAUUCUGCAAUUUAGAUUUUCGACCUGCUACUUCGAGACCCUAGCUAAUCACUGGAAAUCGGUAUUAGCUAGCGAUACCGAUUACCGACUCUGCAAUUUAGAUUUUAGACCUGCUAUAUUUCGAGUUCGACAGCGGCGCAGCGGGAAAGAGAUUUUACAUUCUCCAUGCCCCUGUCGCGCAAUGUCAUUGUUGCUACAGGCCUAGUAGCUUUUGCAGCUGCAGGCUUGGCAUUUCCCUUCUACUUUGUGACGUCAAAGGCACAGCCUGUGAUCGAUUCAUCGAAGCCUCUUCCACCUCAAGCAACCUUUCGAGGGCCCUACGUAAAUACUGGUUCACGUGACAUUGGUCCGGACCAUGGCACUUCCCCUAAGAUGUAAAUAUAUUGUGUAAAUCUUUUAUUUACUUUGCUCAGUAACAUAAGCUAUGAAACUCUUCAUUGUUUAAGUUAAUGCUACUUGCCUCGAAAUACAUUGGAGCCUUGAGCAUAAGUUGUAUAACAAUCUGAUCAGGAUUCUUGCAGUGGUUGCAUCUAUGAUUUAAUAGACCAUGCACUUGUAAGAAAUUUAUUGAGAAAAUAAGACAACAAAAUUGAAAUC